AUGUGUAACGGAGUCUGGAGUGGUCCUAAAGAUCAAAGACCCAUUUUAUGCGUACACGGAUGGCAAGACAAUGGAAAUUCAUUCAAAACAUUAAUACCACAUUUACCGGAAAAUUAUAGUUAUUUGGCAAUCGAUUUACCAGGACACGGUCUAUCCUCUCACAUAUACAAAGGACUUUUCUACAGGAUAAUGGAAUACAUAAGCGUUUUGAGAAGGAUACAACAUUUUUACAACUGGCCGAAAAUAUCACUCAUUGGUCAUUCAUACGGUUCCGCCAUGAGUUUUUUAUUUUCCUCUCUGUUUCCCAAAGACGUUGAUUUUUUCAUAGCCAUUGAUUUAUUAAAACCCACGUCUUGGAACAGUUCGAAAGAUUUUAAAAACGCAUCGAAAGACAUAGAAAAAAUGUUGAAAAACGACGUACUCUCAAACACAAAAUCUCCCGUUUACGACAGAACGGAAUUGAUCGAAAGAUACGUAAAAGGCUCUCAUAAAUCUCUGACGCGUAAAAGUGCAGAAAUAUUAUUGGAAAGAGGUUCGAGAGAAGUAGACGAGGGUUUAUACAGGUACACGAGAGAUGUCAAACUCAAAACAUUACUCAAACCUUAUUUCAGUCAAAACGAAUUGUUAAAUUUAUCGAAAAGAAUCGAAUGUAGCGUUUUAUUUAUAAAAGCCGAACAAUCGCCAUUUUUCGAAAGUAAAGAAAAUGUCGAGUCCGUAAUGGAAGUGCUACAAAAAAAUGCAAAAUUAUUCGAAUAUCACGUACUACCCGGUACUCAUCAUUUACACAUAAACACACCGGAAAUCGUUGCUCCCGUUAUUAAUUCAUUUUUAAUUAAAUCCGGUAUUAAUAUCGAGUCAUUUAAAUUGUUACAAAAUGACGUUGUUGAAAAUGAUUAA